ACACGCCGUGGGUGGCGGCGGCCGCAGUGCAUGUAACGUGCGCGCUCUCGCGUGGAAACAAGAGGACACAAACGUGACGAGGCAGCGGGGCUGUUACGCAACCGCUGACCUACUAACACAUAUUUCCAGAAAGGCUGCCGCCGCUCCAAGUGGAGCAAAAAGUGUCCGCUAGCGCACAACGCGGGGGGGGUCCGAGCAGGCAGGCGCAGAGAGAGCGACGGAGGGACAUUGAUAUGUUUUUGAGGGCCAUUUUAUUUGAUUUUUUUUCGGGAUAGGUUUUUGUCUCAAGAAAAGGAGGAAACGGGACCGAGACAGCUUUUGUGUCGGGGAAGCCAGUAGGUUGUGUUCCCCUCCUCCACCAUUCAAAGAGAAAUUGAAGCUGGAUCCUCAGCCAACCCCAAAGGAAACAGCCCGACCCACAUCUUCUGUACGACAUUGUGAUGAGAAUCGCUGUGGCCUGACUGGUUUCGCAGAUCCGGAGAACAUUUGGGAAAACAUCAGCAAGAUCCAGUUCACCUGCUGUGAGACUCCAGAGAAUUGGAGUGUACCAAGAAAACCAAAGUACUCAAAAUCCAAGCGUUUCUCUUUUAUUUUGAAGGCCUUUUGAUUUCAAUGUCUAAGGUGUUCAUGGAGUUCCAUCUAUUUUUAAUCUUCUUGGCUAAUUUGGACACUUGAACAUUCUGCUCGAGGAAACAGUUGGCAAAAGAAAUCAAUGAGGCUCUAUCUUAGACGUUCACAAAUACCUCAUUCAGAAGUCUUUGCUGAUCCCACAACAUAGCGGAAAUAGUUGUACAACAAAGUCUUUGUGUUAUACUUGUGCAUCUUUCCUUACACUCUUUGCUAGAGUUCCACUCUGGCUACACCUGUGAAAAUGGAGAACCUGAGUCUCCACCUCCCAUCCAGCACCAACAAAAAUUCCAUGGAUUUGGAAAAUUUCACUACCUAUAGCGAUCUCCCAUCCCCUCUUCCUGAGGGUGGCGCACGCUCCAGCCGGCAGGCUAAAGGAUCCAAGCCGACUGUGGCGUCCCGCCGCAAGCGGGAGUUCAUCUCUGAUGAGAAAAAGGACGAUUCAUACUGGGAAAAACGGAGGAAGAACAAUGAAGCAGCCAAGCGCUCUAGGGAAAAACGGCGCCUGAAUGAUAUGGUUCUUGAGAACCGGGUCAUGGCCCUCAAUGAGGAGAAUGUUCGUCUAAAAACAGAACUGCUUCAGCUCAAGUUGCGAUUCGGCCUCAUCAGCACGGCGUCCUACAUGGAGAAAAGCCAGCAGAUCGCGAGCAGCGCAGCGGCUGCUAACACAAGUAGCAACAUCAGCAGCAGCAACGGCACCCCCAACAACACCUACAACUCAAGUAGCGGCUACUCUAGCGCGUCCCAGGUGAUGCUGAAUUCAGACUCGUCAGAAACUGAACAGCCCAGCCGCGGUGAGCGGCACUCGGCGCUCCACAAGUAUUCUCCGAGGGGAUCCGUGUCCGACUUGUCUGACGGCUCCUCAAGGGACAGCCCCGAGCCCUUGGGCUACAACAUAAAGAAGGAGCCUCCCAGCAUGGAGAUGGCAAGACUGGACAGCAACGGGCUCUCUGCUGGCAUAGUCAAUGGAUUGCCAAGUGGUGCCUACCAUGGAAUCCAUCCUGCUUUGAUGUCUCCUCGCCAGCAGAGUGCACAAUUGGCCGAAGCUUCUAUGGAUUACCAGCAGCAGCAGGGCCACACGGAAGCCCCCCAUUCCACUGCCCAAGCCACGUCUUCACAAAGGAGCGUCAUCCUGUUUCACCCUAGCAGCGGGUGCUACCCCGUGGCGAGCCAGAGGCCAGAUGAGCAGGAGAGCAGGCCGCAGCACGGCCAGAACUCUUUGACCUCAAAGUUCUCAGAAUGUUCAGUGACCAUCGCCGAGGUCGCCGAGAAGCUAGAGAGGACAAAGACGAUGGACUGUGAGCAGUAUGAAUACUCUGAGGAGCUACAGACAAGGUACAGCAGCCAGCCGCAGCAUGAGAGCCAUCGCGAGCCUUACAGCUGCCGGGGUCAGGAGAACAGCCUCGAGCAAGCCGAGAGCCGGAACCCAUUUGCUCCUAAUCUGAUCCGCAGCACUGAAGAGGGCAUGUCUGCGUUCCCACAGCACAAUGGCUACCUCAAUACAAUGGACGAAGAGCCUCCAGCUCUCACCUAUGAGGGAGGGCCGAGAAGCGAUGGCUUCUACCAAGAGAAUUCCUCCGCUAAAGAUACAUCAUCGAGCGACGGGGACCCCCGGAGCUCCGACAAAGAGGCCUCGACUGAUGACGAAUCUCCCUCCUCCUCCUCAUCAUCCUCAGACAUCAGCAGCUACCACCAGAAAACUUCAGCAAAUGUCGGCCCGCACGGAGAUUGCCAAACUGAGGUCAAAGCGACCGCCCUGCCCCACAAGUUGCGACUCAAGAACCGAGCAAUGUCCACCGGGGCGACGAGAGCGCAAAUGGAAUUCUGCGUGAGCGUCUCUGUGUCCCCGCCCCCCACCCUGCCCCAGCACCCUUACCUGGCACUGCCUGGCAACUCCAACGGCGGCCAGCUCAGCGGCGAGAGCAGAGAGGCAGAGAAUGAGGUGGAGUACACUGAAGACGUCACGCCCCAGUCGGAUGAGCGACUGGACUCAAAAAAGGCACCAAGCAGUGGUUAGAAGUGUAUUUAAGAACAGUUGGGAGAUGCUCGGUAGUUUCUGACUCUACAGGAAAAAAAUGAGGCCUAGGAAAUAAUUUCCGCCCAGCUUCACUGUCACUUGUUUCCCUUUAUUCUCUCCUACCUCCCACAUGUCCCCCCUCCAGUUUAAAGAAUGCAUCACUCACUGAGGGAGGCAAUGGAAUGAAAUUGUUUCAGUCUGGGGUACUUCUGGCCAGCGUUUUUUUUUUUUUUUUUUUUUUUUGGGUGGCAUUAUGAGAACAUUUCUUUGACCAAAGAAUAUUCUUUUUUUUUUUUUCUGUUAAUGUCACUUUUUGUUGGUACAGUAACUGUGUAUUUGUUCUCUGAAUAACUGUCAAUCCUUUGCUUGCACAUGUCCUCUUCACUUUUCAAGCACUUAGACUGUAUAUUGUUGCGACAUUGCAUAAAUGAGGUAUAUAUUUUAAAAAGAAAAUCUGGGAAAAAGAAAAAAAAAAUCUUUCUGACACAGAACUUUGACCUGCUUAAUUUUUGAGACAACUUACAAAGUGAUUGUCUCAAAGAUCUCAAGCAAAAAAAAAAAAAAAAAAAAAGAAAGAUAAAAAGCCACCAGGAUCGACUUUGGUUUGUGGUUUUGGGUGAAUUCAUUUGUGCAACACACAAAACGGCCCAAACAGUUGAGUUCAAUUGUCAUAUCAGUCGAGUCAAUGCAGUCGCUCAAUGCUGACAAGCACAAGGCAAACCUUGCUUGGUCACGCGUUUGAACACAAUGGCUACACCUUCACUUUGCAGGUGUCUAAUAAAAAGAUGACUGCCAUCUCAAACCAGGAAAGCUGCUGUUUUGUUUUGUUUUUUCUUCUUGUCAUAAGGUGCCUCUCUCAUUGUUACGUCUCUUCUUGUCCCCACUUUGGCCGACGACGUAUCGAGGCCACUUGUCCACUGUGCACUGAGCUUAAGCGGCCGCGUUCAAAUUGAAAUCAUACAAUCUGUUCAAGAGUUGACUUCCUGGUGCCUGCCUCUGGCCACUGUGUAGAAAUGUAAAGUUGUCCAGAUCACUUGUAUACUGUGGUCACUAUUUUUAUUAAUAUUGUUAUUUUCUAUUAUAUUGGGUUCAUAUUUUGUCUAUUCUGUGUAAUUUUAUUGUCCUCCCUGUCGUGUCAUUUUGCUCUCUGCUCUUCCCAGUUGUGCUGUGUAUUUUGCUCAUGCGACCCAAUGCAAUGAUUUGUACUCUUGUGUUACUCUCUAACCUGUUUGCCUGAACCUUUUGUGGAAAGGAGAAGGAGAAGGUUCCUCGUAAGUGAAAAUGUAUGGCUAUACUUCACGUGGAUAUGCGUAAUAGUUGAACAGGAAAAAACAUGUUUUAUUUUGAUUGUAAACGUUGAAAAUGGGGAAGAAUAAAAGGCUGUUGAACUGUCA